UGCUGCCUGAGGAUGAGGCCGGAAGUGCGGGCUUGAGGAGAGCGCGGGCGGAGAACCUUGACCGGGCUCCCGGGAGUCGGGGCUGGGGCAGGGGUCGGGCUGCCGGUUUUGUGGGCUGCCAUGAAACGGGACGUGCGCAUCCUGCUGUUGGGCGAGGCCCAGGUGGGGAAGACGUCCCUGAUCCUGUCGCUGGUGAGCGAGGAGUUCCCCGAAGAGGUCCCACCCCGAGCAGAAGAGAUCACUAUUCCCGCGGACGUCACCCCAGAGAAGGUGCCCACUCACAUCGUGGAUUCUUCAGAAGCUGAGCAGACAGUGGAGGAACUCCAGGACGAGAUUCACAAGGCAAAUGUGGUGUGUGUGGUGUACGAUGUGUCUAAGGAGGUCACCAUCGAGAAGAUCCGAACCAAAUGGAUCCCACUGGUGAAUGGAGGGACUGAGAAGGGGCCCAGGGUCCCCAUCAUCCUGGUGGGCAACAAGUCCGACCUGCGGCCAGGAAGCUCCAUGGAGGCUGUGCUGCCUAUCAUGAGCCAGUUCCCGGAGAUCGAGACCUGCGUGGAGUGCUCAGCCAAGAAUCUGAGGAACAUCUCAGAGCUGUUCUACUAUGCCCAGAAGGCUGUGCUGCACCCCACAGCUCCACUUUAUGACCCCGAGACCAAGCAGUUGAGGCCUACGUGCACCCAGGCUCUCACGCGCAUCUUCAGGCUCUCGGACCAGGAUCUGGACCAGGCACUCAGUGAUGAGGAGCUCAAUGCUUUCCAGAAAUCCUGUUUUGGGCAUCCCCUGGCCCCGCAGGCCCUAGAGGAUGUGAAGAUGGUGGUGCGCAAGCACGUGGCAGGAGGCGUACGGGAUGACCGGCUGACCCUGGACGGCUUUCUCUUCCUGAAUACACUCUUCAUCCAGCGCGGCCGCCACGAGACCACGUGGACCAUCCUGCGGCGCUUUGGCUAUGACGACACGCUCGAGCUGUCCACUGACUACCUCUCUCCUCCGCUCAACGUGCCCCCUGGCUGCAGCACGGAGCUCAACCACUUUGGCUACCAGUUUGUGCAGAGGGUGUUUGAGAAGCAUGACCAGGACCAUGAUGGUGCCCUGUCGCCAGAGGAGCUGGAGGGCCUGUUCAGUGUGUUCCCAGUAGCCCCCUGGGGCCCUCAGCUCCUGCAAGAAGUCCCAGCUGAAGCAGGCCGGCUGCCCUUGCAUGGGUACCUCUGCAAGUGGACCCUGGUGACUUACCUGGAUGUGCGGCGCUGUCUGGAGUACCUUGGCUACCUGGGCUACCCCACCCUCUGCAAGCAGGACUCCCAGGCCCACGCCAUCACAGGUGGGCACCCACCCUCACAAUGUCCUGGCCCAGCUCCUCCCUGGCAGCCCCUCACUCUCAUUUAUCCUUCCCACCUACCCACAGUAACCCGUGAGAAGAAACUGGACCAGGAGAAGGGACAGACGCAGAGGAACGUCCUCCUUUGCAAGGUGGUGGGGGCCCAAGGAGUGGGCAAAUCUGCCUUCCUGCAGGCCUUCCUCGGCCGUGGCCUAGCGCAUCAGGACCCUGGGCAGCUCCAUAGGAGGCCUGCUGUCUACGCCAUCAACACGGUGCGAGCCAACGGGCAGGAGAAGUACCUCAUACUAUGUGAAGUGGACGCAGACAGCCUGCUGUCUACCGCAAUUGAUGCCACCUGCGAUGUCGCCUGCUUGAUGUUUGAUGGCAGUGACCUCCAGUCCUUUGUGCUGUGUACCCGUGUCUACAAGCGCUAUUACAUGGAUGGGCAGACGCCCUGCCUCUUCGUCUCCUCCAAGGCUGACCUGCCUCAGGGUGUCUCACUGCCUAGCCUAUCUCCAGCUGAGUUUUGCCGCAGGCACCGGCUGCCCGCCCCCACUGUGUUCUCCUGUGCCAGCCCAGGAGAGCCCAACACAGCUAUCUUCACCCAGCUUGCUACCAUGGCCUCCUUCCCGUACCUGGUCCAUGGGGAGCUGCACCCCACCUCCUUCUGGCUCCGGCUGACACUGGGGGCUGUCGGGGCUGCUGUUGCUGCCGUCCUCAGCUUUUCACUCUACAGGGUCCUGGUGAAGAGCCGAUGAGGCCCUGGUACCCUGCAGUCUGGUCUCAGGGCCCCGGGGUGCUGAUGUUGGGCCACCUCGAAGUGUUUCCUUCUGUCUAAACGUUUCUGAGGGCAGACUGCCCACUGCCCAGCCCCAACGGUGGGCUCCCAGGUGCCUUUGUGGGCGUGGUGUGUAGAGACUGAGGUGAGGAAGCCAGUGACCUCAGACCUGAAUUCUCAGGGCUCCACCCUUCCUGGUCCCAGGCAGCCAGUGGGUAUGAGGGGGGUCAGAGGGCAGAGCUUUGAGCCAAAGGAGGUGUGGGCAGGAAGUGGCUGGUCCCUCCCCCUGCCCCUGGAAGACUGGUUCAGGGCUGCACCCCUUGUGGAAGAUGUGAGGGUGGAUUUCCUGAUUAAACUUAAGUCUUUUCCAUCUUGGACCAUA